UAGCAGGCAAUGCAGAGGUGAGAAGGAAAGGGAUCGAUGAUGGAGGAGGAUGGGACCAGCAAAGAGCAGCAGCAGGCGGCGGGAGUGGGAAUUCUUCUUCAGAUAAUGAUGUUAGUUUUGUCAUUCGUCUUAGGUCACGUCCUUCGUCGCAAGAAGAUUUACGUUCUUCCCGAAGCCAGCGCUUCUCUUCUCAUUGGCUUACUCGUUGGUACUCUCGCUAACAUUUCUCACACUCAAACCAGCAUCAGGGCGUGGUUCAAUUUUCACGAGGAGUUCUUCUUCCUCUUCCUUUUGCCUCCUAUCAUAUUUCAGUCUGGCUUCAGUCUCUCUCCCAAGCCUUUCUUCGCUAAUUUCGGAGCCAUUGUUACAUUUGCUAUAUUCGGCACCUUUCUGGCUUCCAUUGUCACCGGUGUCUUGGUUUAUCUUGGUGGGUUGAUGUACCUCAUGUACAGACUGCCUUUUGUCGAGUGCCUAAUGUUUGGUGCACUUAUAUCCGCCACGGACCCUGUUACUGUUUUGUCCAUUUUUCAGGAGCUUGGCACAGAUGUCAAUCUAUAUGCCUUGGUUUUUGGAGAAUCUGUUUUGAAUGAUGCAAUGGCUAUUUCUCUGUACAGGACAAUGUCAGUAGUUAAAAGUCAUCCAUCUGGACAAAAUUUCUUCAUGGUGAUUGUUAGAUUUUUGGAGACUUUUGUUGGCUCAAUGUCUUCUGGUGUUGGAGUUGGAUUUAUAUCUGCUUUACUAUUUAAGUAUGCAGGGUUGGAUAUUGACAAUCUUCAGAACUUGGAGAGCUGUCUUUUUGUUCUUUUCCCAUACUUCUCGUACAUGCUUGCAGAAGGUCUUGGACUGUCUGGUAUUGUGUCAAUAUUGUUCACAGGAAUGGUCAUGAAGCAUUACACAUAUUCAAAUUUGUCACGUAGUUCUCAAAGAUUUGUCUCUGCUUUUUUUGAGUUGAUAUCAUCAUUAGCAGAGACAUUUGUAUUUAUCUACAUGGGCUUUGAUAUUGCUAUGGAGAAACAUAGCUGGUCACAUGUUGGAUUUAUAUUCUUCUCCAUUAUAUUCAUUGGAAUUGCAAGGGCAGCCAAUGUGUUCUCUUGUGCUUAUCUAGUCAACUUGAUCAGACCUGCCUAUCGACAAAUACCGCCAAAACACCAGAAAGCACUUUGGUAUAGUGGACUUCGAGGGGCAAUGGCCUUUGCCCUUGCUCUGCAAUCAAUUCAUGAUCUGCCAGAAGGACAUGGACAGACCAUCUUAACUGCAACUACAGCAAUAGUUGUUUUGACGGUAUUACUGAUUGGCGGUUCAACGGGCACCAUGCUGGAAGCUUUAGAAGUUGUAGGUAGUGACAGUCCUGUCGAGAGUCCUUUGGCUUCGGUUAGUACCAGAACGAAUUUUGAGGGAAACAAUGUGUAUAUUUCUCCUGAUGAUGAAGAACCGUCAUCAGGGAACAAAAUCAAGAUGAAGCUACAAGAAUUCCAAAGGAGUGCUGCAUCUUUUACAGCAAUAGAUAAAAACUACCUCACCCCAUUCUUCACUAGUCAAAAUGGAGAUGAAGAAGAUGAAGCUGUGCCUUUGACUUUGAAGAACGUGGGAUUGGAUGACCACGACCACUAUUCGUCAUGAUAUUUUUGAAACAACAUGCUCAAUAAUACUACUUGAAGGUUCCUUUUUGUACACACCUUGAAUCAUGCAAUAUAUAGACAACUUAGAGGAAUUUCCAUAAUACAAGGAUUCAGAAUCUUACGUCAAGUAGGCAGAGUUAGGUUGGAAGACAGACAUCUUGUCUGCGGCUUUAGUAUUUUAUGCCAUGCAAGUUGAUAACCAUGCGUGUUUACUGACUCUAAUUAUCGGUAGUCCAAGAACCAUUUACCACAUACAUAUUACCGAACACAUGAUCUUCAUACAAAAGAAUAUGCGUGUACAACGAUCGAGGAUCAUAAAGAGAAAUGCUAAAAUGUUUCAACUUUGCAAUAAAUUCAUCCGACUUUGAAACAGUUUUCAACAAUAAAAUCACGAUAGAAUUGUACCCAAAAAAGUUCACGCUACCUUUCAUACACUAUUUAUUUAUGGUAUUUGUACACGAACUUUGUUAUAAAAAAUGUAACAAGUGACCCGAAGAUUUUGGACUGAGCAAGAACU